AUGGCUGCUAGAAACUCUUAUUUCAGAGGAAGAGCUUUCAUGUCCUGUGUGCUUCCUAGAGAGCAGGAGUCAGAGAUCUUCAGGGAUAAACUCAAGUCUGCUUUGGAGCCUCUACAGAAGAAUCUGAGAGUCUUAGAGGAAGCUAAACGAGACUAUGACCAAACAGCCGCCCACAUUAAGACACAGGCCCAGCACACAGAGAGGCAGAUAAAGGAGGAGUUUGAGAAGCUUCACCAGUUUCUAAGAGAUGAAGAAGCAGCAAGGAUAGCUGCACUGAAGGAGGAAGAGGAGCAGAAGAGUCAGAUGAUGAGGAGGAAGAUUGAGGAGAUGAAUGGAGAAAUAUCAGCUCUUUCAGACACAAUCAGGAACAUAGAGAUGGAGAAGGAGAUGGAGGCUGAGGAGGUUCUGUUCUUGCAGGUAGAAUGA